AGAAAGAGACAAGUAUAUGAAUCAAACCUGAUAAACAACGGCUUGCAACUCGAAGCGACAAGGUCGGUUUUGGAUGAGAAACUUAUUUUUGUGAAAGUGCAUGCACCUUGGGAAGUGCUGUGCACAUACGCUGAGGUUAUGCACAUCAAAUUGCCUCUGCAACACAAUGACCUGAAAACCCGAGACUCAGCUUUCAACUGGUUUAGUAGACUCUUCAGAGUGGAUGAAAAUAUCAUCAAACCUGAGCAAGAGUUUUUCACUGCCCCUUUUCAAAAGGAACAUUUGUCCAGCUUUUAUAUCCAUGACAAAGACACAUUUUUCAAUCCUGCAACUAGAAGCCGAAUUGUUCAUUUUAUCUUGUCCCGUGUGGAAUAUGGAAACAAAAACAAUGUGAAAAAGUUUGGCAUUAACAAACUACUGGACUCUGGAAGCUACAAAGCAGCAUUUCCUCUUCAUGAUUCUGGUUUUAGGCACCCGUCAACUGAUUCCAACUGCCCAAGCGAACGAUAUCUUCUCUACAGAGAAUGGGCUCAUCCUAAAAACAUUUUCAAACUGCAACCCCUGGAUUUCAUCAGGAAAUAUUAUGGAGAGAAAAUUGGGAUCUACUUUGCUUGGCUGGGCUUUUACACCAAUAUGUUGACCGUGGCCGCAGUUGUAGGAGUUGGCUGUUUUCUGUAUGGAUGCCUGACAAAGGACAACUGCACAUGGAGCCAAGAAGUAUGUGAUCCCAACGUAGGAGGUAAAAUCAUAAUGUGCCCUCAGUGUGAUAAAGUAUGUACCUACUGGAACCUCACCAUCACUUGUGAAUCAUCCAAGAAGCUCUGUAUAUUUGAUAGCUUUGGAACACUGGUGUUUGCAGUAUUUAUGGGAAUAUGGGUUACUUUGUUUUUGGAGUUUUGGAAGCGACGACAGGCUGAACUGGAGUACGAAUGGGACACAGUUGAGUACUUAGAGCAAGAAGAACAAGUUCGCCCGGAAUACGAAGCUCGGUGCACUCAUGUAGUAAUAAAUGAAAUCACACAGCAAGAAGAACAUGUCCCAUACACUGCCUGUGGGAAGUGCAUACGAAUGACUUUCUGUACAAGUGCCAUCUUCUUCUGGAUCCUUUUGAUUAUUGCUUCAGUUAUUGGAAUCAUUGUCUACAGGCUCUCAGUUUUCCUGGUGUUCUCUGCAACGUUGUCACAGCACAUUAGUGGAACAGAGGCGAUCAGCAAGUACCUGACUCCACAGACAGCCACUUCAAUAACAGCUUCACUCAUCAGCUUUGUAAUCAUUAUGAUUCUCAACAUCAUCUAUGAAAAAGUAGCAAUCCUGAUUACUGACUUCGAACUUCCAAGGACACAGACCGAUUAUGAAAACAGUCUGACCACAAAGAUGUUCUUGUUCCAGUUUGUCAACUACUAUUCUUCAUGCUUCUACAUAGCCUUCUUUAAGGGUAAAUUUGUAGGUCACCCUGGAAAUCCAGUUUAUUGGCUAGGAAAGUAUCGCAAUGAAGAGUGUGAUCCAGGUGGAUGUCUCCUCGAGCUCACCACCCAGCUUGCCAUCAUAGUAGGAGGUAAAGCUAUCUGGAACAACAUUCAAGAAGUGCUUGUUCCUUUGGUGAAGAAUCUAAUUGGAAGAUACUCUGCAGCUGCUAGAUCAGACAAAGUUGUUCCACGCUGGGAACAGGACUACCACUUACAGCCCAUUGGAAAACUUGGACUGUUUUAUGAGUAUCUUGAAAUGGUCAUACAGUUUGGCUUCGUGACUCUGUUCGUGGCAUCAUUCCCCCUGGCUCCUCUCCUGGCUCUGAUGAACAACAUGUUGGAAAUCAGGCUGGAUGCAUGGAAGAUGACGACCCAGUUCAGGCGCAUGGUCCCACAGAAGGCACAGGACAUUGGUGCCUGGCAGCCCAUCCUGCAGAGCAUAGCCAUCCUGGCUGUGGUCACCAAUGCUAUGAUCAUUGCUUUUACAUCUGACAUGAUUCCUCGUCUGGUUUAUUACUGGUCCUUUUCGGUCCCUCCUUAUGGCAGUCACAGCAGUCACACUAUGAAAGGAUAUAUAAACAGCACAUUUUCUGUCUUCAACAUAUCAGACUUCAAGAAUGCAAGCAAGCCAUUUUCCCUUUGGUUUGGGAACCAAACAACAUGCAGAUAUCGGGAUCUCCGCUACCCUCCUGGCCACCAGCACCAGUAUGAGCACAACAUCUACUACUGGCAUGUCACUGCAGCCAGGCUGGCGUUCAUCAUUGUCAUGGAGCAUGUCAUAUACUUUGUGAAGUUUAUUAUUUCAUACAUAAUUCCGGAUGUAUCAGAAAAGACCAAGAGCAAGGUCAAACGAGAGAAGUACCUCACACAGAAACUCUUGCAUGAGAAUGAUCUCAGAGUUGUGAAAAAAAACAUGGGUAAAAUGGCCGAAAAUAUUAUCAAAGGAGCAAACAGCACUCUCCGACCUAAAGCUGAAUAA